GCUGACCCCACUACCUACACGGCCAUCCCACCGUCAUUAUUGCCUUCUGCCACUUCAGCUGUACUGCAGAAGAUCUCCUCUCUAUAAAUACAAGCAAAGUUUCAGUGUGCUGGACGUAUCAUAUCCAUUCUCUUCGGCUGAACAGCAAGUGAAGCCACAAUUGUUUACUUGCUAACGAUGGGAAACAGAGCUCAUGAGGAGGGGCAAGAGAAGCAGCAGGUCCCACUUCUCACGCCUUACAAAAUGGGAGAGUUUCAGCUUUCUCAUAGAAUUGUUCUGGCACCAUUGACUAGGCAGAGAUCUUAUGGCAACAUUCCUCAGCCACAUGCUAUAUUGUAUUACUCCCAAAGAGCAACUCGAGGGGGUUUUAUCUUGACCGAAGCCACUGGAGUUUCUGAUACUGCACAAGGGUACCCAUAUACUCCAGGAAUCUGGACAAAGGAACAGGUCGAGGCAUGGAAACCCAUUGUAGAUGCAGUUCAUGCCAAAGGGGCAAUCUUCUUUUGCCAGAUUUGGCAUGUGGGCAGGGUUUCAAGCACAGUUUUCCAGCCAAAUGAGCAGGCUCCAGUAUCAUGUACAGAUAAAGGACUAGCUCCUCAAGUUCGAGCUAAUGGUGUGGAUGUUGCGCAAUUUUCUCCUCCACGACGACUGACAACAGAUGAAAUUCCACAAAUUGUCAAUGAUUUCAGACUUGCUGCAAGAAAUGCUAUAGAAGCUGGUUUUGAUGGGGUUGAGAUCCACGGUGCACAUGGUUAUCUGAUAGAUCAGUUUUUCAAGGAUCAAGUCAAUGACCGAACAGAUCAAUUUGGAGGGUCCCUGGAGAACCGAUGUCGAUUUGCUCUUGAAAUAGCUGAAGCUGUGACUAAUGAGGUAGGAGCUUACAGAGUCGGAAUGAGGCUCUCUCCUUUUGCAAAUUUUAUGGAAUGCGCUGACUCGAACCCUAAAGCCCUCGGCCUUUACAUGGCUGAGGCUUUAAACAAAUAUGGGCUUCUUUACUGCCACAUGGUUGAACCGAGGAUGAGAACUGUUAUGGAAAAAUCAGAAUGCCCUCAUAGUCUUCUGCCUAUGAGAAAGGCAUUUAAAGGUACUUUCAUUGCUGCUGGUGGUUACGACAGGGAAGACGGUAACAAAGCUAUAGCUGAAAACCGUGCUGAUCUUGUUGCAUACGGCCGUCAUUUCUUGGCUAAUCCAGAUUUACCAAAGAGAUUCGAGCUGAAUGCUCCCCUUAACAAAUAUAACAGGGAGACCUUUUACAUACCUGAUCCUGUUGUAGGCUAUACUGAUUAUCCGUUUCUUGAAGAAACUGCAUGAUUUCAGGGGAGAUAGAGUAACAGAUGAACUGCAAAUGUAAACAAGAAAUUCCUAUUUUUAGACCCUGUACUUUCUUAUCCUGAUUUAUUAAAUAAUGAGAUAUCCAGAAGAACUUAUAUA